GGGUAUAAAGGUCAGUGUGUCAGUGGGCAGUUGAUCAGACAGCUGAGGAGUUUGUGGAAAGUACAUCCCGAAGGAGAGUUGGCAGGUUGGAGGGUCAUUGAAAGAGGAGCUGACAGAAAUAGCAGCAGCAGCAGCAGCAGAGGGAGUCCUACCACUGAAGCAAACAAAGUCAGCAGACAGAAUAAGCCUAAUCAAAAUGUUGACUCAAGUCCUGUGCUUUGGCAGAGCUGGAUCUCAGAAUUUUUAACAGGAGGAGGCAAGGCAAGGUAAACAAUACCAAAUGGGGUCAAGGGAGCAACCAGACAACCAUGAAACUGAGACUGAAGGAUGGUGAAGACCUGAGCUCCAUUUCCAGCUCUGCCACGGACUGCCUGUGUGACCUUGGGAGUCCAGAAGGUGUCAGAGUAAAACUGUUGCACAUCUCCCAGGAAAGGCUUGUGUUUUCAGAAGGAAGCCAACCAGAGAUAUAUUAUUAAAGGGAAUAAUUAGGACAAACAUUAACAUGGCAAGCAUGGCUGUUCAGUUACUGGGCUUCUUACUAAGUCUCUUUGGUCUAAUUGGAACCUUAAUUGCUACUAUUCUGCCUCACUGGUGGAGGACGGCACAUGUAGGCACCAAUAUUAUAACAGCUGUGGCAUACAUGAAAGGGCUCUGGAUGGACUGUGUCUGGCAUAGCACUGGCAUCUAUCAGUGCCAGGUCCAUCGGUCUCAGCUUGCACUGCCUCGGGACCUUCAAGCAGCUCGUGCCAUGAUGGUGAUUUCCUGUGUUAUUUCCACACUGGCAUGUGUUGUGUCUGUUAUUGGCAUGCAUUGCACUCAAUGUGUCAAAGGGGCCUCUGCCAAAAGUUCUCUCGCUGUCUCUGGUGGAAUCUUUUUCAUCCUGGCUGGUCUCAUAUGCCUGGUUCCUGUUUCUUGGACUACUAAUGAUGUGGUUACAGAUUUUUACAACCCCAUGCUUCCCAACGGGAUGAAGUAUGAGAUAGGGCAAGCUCUUUACCUCGGUUUUUUCUCUGCAUCUUUGACUAUACUUGGCGGAGCUCUACUGUGUACAUCAUGCCAGAGUACUGGGAACAACAUACCUUACCAGCCACAACCAAGGAGCACAACAAGGGCUGCGCCUUCAUAUAGACCACCAACUGCCUACAAGGGAAACCAUGCUUCUUCUCUGACAUCUGCUUCACGAAGUGGCUACAGAUUAAAUGACUAUGUGUGA